AUGGAGAGGAAGAAAUAUCAGGAUGAAAAACGGAAUUUCAUUUCUUCUCGAAAAAUAAUCAAAUGUUCUUGUCCUGAUAAUACGAAAUUUGGCAAAGAAAAAUGUCGAGAAAUAGACGUGGAUUAUGUUGUACAUAAAUUGCACGAACUUAUAUCCGAUCCAGUCACUAAAAAUGACGUAUCACGAAUCUCUAGACUGUUAUAUGACUAUCAGGAACAACUUUGCGAUCGGGCUUACAUGGUAAAACACUUACCAAUGGUAAUAAAAAUAAUAGAAUUUUUAGUAACGAACGCAAAAAGCGUAGAAGAUUAUCGUUUGCAUCUCGAUCAGAUGUUGGAGUUUUCUAAUCGACCACCUCUAUUGGAAAAAUUCUUUCAGAACGUUACUUGUUCAGACAUAAUGGAACAAUAUUUUACAUUCUUUGGGUAUCUACUAACGAUCUUACCUAGGAAGCAAGAGCUCCUUAAAGUGCACGAAGCCCUUCGUUCUUUAUUAAUCAGAACUGUGCCAGGUGAUCCUUCCGCAGUGAAGUCUGAGAUUUGUCGUGCUGCCAUGGAGAAAUCGAAUCUGUCCUUUAUCGUAACCGAGAUAUUAAAAACUUCCUCCCCGGAAGAAUAUCCUACGAUCUUGGAGUUGAUCUUCCUACUUUCGUCUAUUUCCUGUCUCUGUUGUCACAAAAUGUUAGAAGCUGGUAUUCUGAAUUCUCUGCUAAUUAGAAUGGACCUUGCUUACGCGACUCAAGUGUUUUGUAAACCACCACCAAACGAGCUCCUGGAAGGAGACGAGUACUCAGAUGAUACAAUGGUUUUGAUAAUGAAUAUCUUAUGGACCCUGAUGAGAUCUAUUUUGCCUCCGAAAAAAGUACCAGCUUGUUUGAAAGACUUUGGUACUCCAGUACAUUGUGCUAUGUGGUAUUCCUCUUCUUUUUUUAUUCCUUUUUAAUACA